AAAUUGAACUUGCGGUCACGCUGACGGGCGAGGAAAUUAUGCACAGCGAGCGCGGUGUUGUGGUUAUUUUUUUUAUUUAUUUUUUCGUAAAUACAUAUAUACCAAAAAGUGCAUAAUUGGAAUGAAGUGCAAACCAAAAAAAGUGUUCGUUACAAAAGUGAUGUAUGUGCUGCACUUUGUUUCGAUUGAAAGUUAAGAAGCGCACACGGAUAAAAAAAAAUAGCAAACACCAAGCAACCAACCAACGAAUCAACCAACCAACAACAACUACUACUGCAGGCAACGCCAUCAGCCAUCAUCACUGCCGCCGCUUGUUGUGUGGAGUGGUGUUGGGUGCGGAAAGUGGAGUGUGGAGAGGUGAAAAGCGGACGAACGAACGACGGACUCGAGGAAUAUCGCAAAAAAAAUUGCAACAACGUGCGUACGUUUGUGGCUGUGUAUGCGAGUGGUGUAUGUGUGUGUGUGUGUAGAAAAAAGCAUUAAAAAGCCAGAACAAGAAGAAUAAUAAGAAGACGAAGAAACAGCAGCAGCAACUCGAAUGUAUAUAGGAGAAAAAAACGCAAACGAAUCGAAAGAGCGCAAGGUGGGAACCAAGAAUAACGAACGACAGCAAAAAGGGCGACAGGCAAAAAAAAAAAUAACAGACAAGAAAAACAGGAGUACAAAAUUACGAACACACUGACCGAAAAGGGAAGAAGAAGCACGGCAACAGCCACAACAACAACGACAACAACAAAAUGCUAGGCUAGCGCCAAGAGCAAACAAUUAAAAUAGUUUUCAUUUGGAUAAAGCGAAAAUCGCGUUGCUCCACCACGCUUUGUGUGCGUAUGCGUUUGUGUAUGUGUGGGUGUGUGAGUGGGUGUGUGACGAUGUGUUUUUAUAACGUCGCCUAAUUCACAGCAAACAGCAGCAGCAGCAGCAACAAAACGUUCGCAAAAUUACAAAAGUGAGACAGAAGCUGGAGCUGGAAAAUCAACUUGUAAUUGUUGCACUAGCGACACAACCUAAUAACAACAAAUACCACAGCUAGCAGCAGCAAUUACUAAAUAAAUAAAAAUCGAAUAAAAAAAACAACAACACGCUCGAUCCAAAAUUACGCGUCGUCGCCUCGCCGUCUCUUACAUCGUUUUCCGUCUCUGUCUUGCACUUGCAGUUGCAUACGAUCCGGCAUCGCUACGUCACCGUUAACGCUAUCGUCAUCGUUAUCGAGCUAUCGACUAAGUCUACUACUAUUUCUACUACUACCAUCACUAUUACUAGAACAACAGCAACUGGAACAACUACAACAACAACUACAAGUGCAUCAUCAGCAGCAUCGUCAUCCAAAGCCACAAAACGGAGACGCCAACUGACGUUGGGGCAGAAACAACAAGCAUAACAACAGAUACAACACAUACACAUACACAAUGCCCAAAUGCGAUGUGAAAACCCGCUACAUUCCGGCGACUUUCGCAUGGAUUGUCCUCUUACUGACCACAUUUCUCUUCUUCUUCUAUCCCUGCCAGUACUAUGUGAAGACACAUCCUUGGGUGCUGGCAUAUCAGGGCGUUAUCACAUUCUUUGUGCUGGCCAACUUUACGCUGGCCACAUUCAUGGAUCCGGGCAUUAUACCCAAAGCCUCGCCCGACGAAGACUGUGAAGAGGAGUUCCGUGCACCGCUCUACAAGAAUGCCGAAAUCAAUGGCAUCACCGUCAAAAUGAAAUGGUGUGUCACCUGUAAAUUCUAUCGCCCGCCCCGCUGCUCUCACUGCUCUGUCUGCAAUCAUUGCAUCGAGACAUUUGAUCAUCACUGUCCGUGGGUGAACAAUUGCAUUGGGAGACGCAACUAUAGAUUCUUUUUCUUCUUCCUCGUCUCACUCUCCAUCCAUAUGCUAAGCAUAUUCUCGCUAUGCCUCUUCUAUGUGCUCAAAAUCAUGCCAAGCAUCAAACAGACGGCGCCCAUUGUCGCUAUGAUACUGAUGGGCCUUGUCACAGUGCUGGCAAUACCAAUAUUUGGCCUUACGGGCUUCCAUAUGGUGCUGGUGUCGCGGGGUCGCACCACAAACGAGCAGGUGACGGGCAAAUUCAAGGGCGGCUACAAUCCAUUCUCACGUGGCUGUUGGCACAACUGUUGCUACACGCAGUUUGGACCCCAGUAUCCAAGUUUGCUGAAGCCAAAGAAGUAUGCAUCGAGGAGAUCACAGACACAGAAUCAAGCGAUAAGCACUAUUUGCAACGAUCGGACCAAUCAACAGACCAACUCCGGCAGCGGCAGCGGAGCAGGAGCCGGCGGCAAUGGCAGCACGGCCGGCGUAGGCGUUGGCAGCGGCAUGCGCGGCACUUCGGUACAAUAUUCACCCCGCUCCUUCUAUGAUACGAGUCGGGAGAAGCGUGGAAUUCAGGUAAAGACUUAUAUGGCCGAGGGCAAUGGUUAUAAUCAGCGGUCGGGCAGCACAACGCUUUAUAGUAAGCUGUCGCCGGGUCGCGAAUGCUCGGACACGGAUCUGGAGCCGCCGCAAGCGUCACAGAGUCAAGACUGCGAGCCGACGCCGCCGUUGCAGCGUCACAACUCGAGCAACUUUUACCUGCCGCAAGUGAGCGACACGACGCCCGGUGGCAUCAACAUGGCCAGCAUGAACAACGGCAACAUUGCCAGCGGUGCUGGUGCACCAAAUUCAUCCACACAACCAGGCGGUGGCGGUGGUGGCGACUCGCCUCGCCAUCUACGCAUGUAUCAUCCUCGACACAGUCCGCACGCAAGGCCCAGGGGACUGGAUCCACAGCGAGGCUACACGAGUGACGCACUCUCGCCGGACCAUCCGGGUGCCGGGUAUGUGGUCAACGGUGGUCAGGUUGGCGGCGUCGUUCAGGGUCAGGUAGCACAAAGUCAGCGUGGCAGCGGCGGUGUCGGUGGCGGCAAUACCACUGCCACGCCCACCAUGCAACAACGAAUCAAGCCACUGGGCGUGGCCACGCCACUUGUGAUGGCAAGUCCAGUGAGAAGAUCCAAUCCAGGCACGCCGACGCAGCCGCGACGUCCCGACUUCAUUGGCCUCAAUGCGCAGGCUGCCCAACAGCAGCAGCAGCAACAAGCGGCAGCGGCGGCCGCAGCUUACUAUGAGUACACGAGUGGGUUGCCGCCACAGCAUCCGCAGGCGCCGAGCAUUCAGCAGCAGCAGCAACUGUUGCUGCAGCAGCAGCGAGUCAUGCUGCAGCAUCAGCAGCAGCAACAGCAAGCAUUGCAACAGCAGCAACAAUCGUUGGCCCAAGCGGCCUACGGCGGCAGUCCGCAGCGUCGCUUCCUCUCCGAAGGCGAACUGGUUCGUCAGGGCACCGGCGGCAACGAGUUGUCGUAUGCACGCUCCAACAAUACGGUGGAUAAUAUACGCGAGCUAGCUGGCAGUCCGCAGCGCGGCGUCUACAUGUGGAAGGACACGUCGCCCGGCUUCAGUACGGCACCUGGUGGGAAUGUUGGUGGCGUGCCAGCCUCGGUGAGCAUGGCCAGUAGUGCGGGCACACUGCCAAACAGCAGCAGCAUCUCGGCGGCCGGUGCGCUUCAGCAUGGCCAGUAUAUCACCGCCGGCGCCGGUGGCCAUCCACUAAUCAUGACGCAUUCGCGUCUGCAGGACUAUGCCAAUCAACAGCAACAUCAACAGCAGCAGCAGCAGCACCAGCACCAACAACAGGCUGCCGUUGCAGCUGCCGCCGCUGCAGCAGCAGCAGCCGCUUCAUAUCAUCGCUCGAAUCCCACAAGUCCCACAACCAUGCCACAGACAUCUGCUGCCCAAACCUAUAUCUUACGCUAUGGCGGCGGCGCCACUGGCGCUUCGGGCAGCAGCGGCAGCAUUGCCAAUGUCGCUGCGUCCAACAACAAUGCCGGCAACAGCAAUGUCAACACUAGUGGCGGGUAUCAGCCACAGCUGCGUGGCGGCGUUGCUGUCUUUCCACCCAAUCCGAUGGGCGGUGUGAGUGUGAGCAGCGCAGCGGGCGCAUUGCAACCGCAGCCAUCGCCGCAAAUCAAACGCAAGCAGACGCCAACGCGACCCAUGAGCUUUGUGCGCGCCCUCGAGAUGACGGACUCGAUGGAGAUGCAAUCGCUGGAGCAACAGCAGCAGCAACAGGUCGCUGCCGCAGCGGCCGCGGCUGCGAAUAUGGCACGCAACAAUGGCGGAUUGCCGAGCGGCGUGGUGCCCACGAGUCUGGCCCAACAGAAUGCAGCGGCUGCCGCAGCGGCGGCGGCAGUUGGACGCAGUGCAGCGGCGGCGGCAGCGGCACAGAAUGCGGCGAGCGGCACACCGGAUCGUGCCAGCAUCUAUGAUAUGAACUAUGAGAUCUCUGUAUAACCCGUGGUUGUGCCCGUCGUCAUAAUGCCACCCGCCUCAGCAGCAGCCGCAGCCGCCGCUGCAGCAGCAGUACCGGCAACGUCGACGGCCGCCUUCUACGCCCAACAGCAGCAGCACCAACAGCAGCAGCAAGUUCACUACACAACUGAUGUCGUGGAGCCGGCGGCGUACGCUUCGGUGCCGGUGCCCAUGCCCAUGCCCUUGCCAAUGGUGAGCAGCGGCAAGCAGAGCAAUGGCAUCAAUCAGAGUCACCUCAACAUCAGCAGCAACAGCAGCAGCAGCAAGAUGCCAAACAAGCGCAAGUUCUCCACGUUCUUCUGAAGCAGAGUCACCCAAGCCCGAACCCAAACCCAAGCCCAAGUUUUGUAUAUAGUAAUUCCCUCGAUUAAGUUAAUUUAACUAUCGCAUGCGCAUUUGCUUAUCUUGGGCGCGUUGUUGUUUAUUAUUUUAUUUCUAAUUUUAUUUAAAUUCAAUUAUUUUAUUUUAACUUUUUUUUUUAUAAAUUUAAUUUAGUUGCAUACUUUUAAUGAUGAUUACAAAUAGCAGAGAUUUUUUUUAUUUAAAUUUGAUAAUGCGAGAGAAACGAAACGAAAACAGUUUUAGAAAUAGCCAACGAGAAGGUGAAAGGAAUAGAAAAGAAGAGAAAUGAACUGAACGAAACGGAACGGAACGAGAACGUUUAUUUUGUACACGCUUUUAGUCUUUUUUACUGCAUUAGACACGGGAAACUCGAUGUGCUUUUAUAUUGUCAAUAUAUAAAUAAUUAUGGUAACAAAUCUAAUUACGAACUAAGUUAGACUCAACAAAGAAAACAACAAACCCACAAUCGAGCAAAUGUAAUGUACAUGUAACCUAAUCAAAUUGUACACGAAACUAUGUAUCAAUAUAUAUAGCGUAUAUAUAUACACACACACACACACCCACACAUAUAUAUACAUGGUAUUAUAUAUAUAUAUAUAUAAAUUUAUAUUGCAUCUAACGACUUGCGAUUGCGGCUCGAGUUGGUGCUAACAAUAUUUGACAGCAAGUCGUGAUUUGUUUCACAACGUUCUUUUCGUUUUUUUGUUGAAUUCUUUUCUUGUUUUUUGGCUUUUGUGUCGUCGUCCGUCUCUAAUAUCGUCCACACACACUUCUUAACUUGUAUGUAUUUGUACAUAAGUCGUAUGUAUAUUUAUGUAUUUAUGUAACGUAUGUCUAAUGUAUAUGUGUAACCAUGUAUUAUGUUAAGGCCCAACCUGUUUCAGCCCAGCAUUUAGCCAGACAGCCAGCUAAAAAAAAAGAAGAAAAAAACAAAACAAAACGAAAAAAAAAUGAUAAGAAAAGAUAUGAAAAAUCAAAAAACACUAAAGAUAUGUACUGUUGUAACACAUGUGGCCCGUACUUAUAUCAUUUAAAGAAAUAAUACUUUGUUUGUUGUUAUGUUUUUAAGUCAGAACUAGGAUUUAUUUUAUGCUCCACUCCAUUUCGCUUUGUCUGGUCCUAAGAACCCAGUUUCCAAUUUUUUUUUAUUCUCAUUUUCCCUCCAGUAGCUAAUGUUAAAAUAUAUUUGGGAAGGAGUCGCGAGAAUGGUUGCGAGAUUUUGUAUUUUAGUUUGCAAAACAGAUAAAACCAGUAGAAGAAAGAUAAAGAUGCAACAAAUUCAAUAGAAUUAAUGUUUGUAAUAAAGCUAGCAAGAUAUUAUGAAUUCAACAAGUGUUGUUCACACGCACAAAGGACGCAGAUUAAGAGAAGGGCCCAAGAGAAAUAACAACAACAACAACCUAACAACCUACCAUAUAUGUAUGUAUGUAUAACAAAAAAGAAUACCACAAGAGUAUGUAUGUUUGUGUAUAUCCAGCUCUGUAUAAUCCAUGUGUACGUGUGCAACACAAAAAAAGAGAAAAGAAAGAAAGAAGUAAUAUUUAAUAAAAAGAAACAAAGAGUAAACCAAGCGAAACGACGAGAAUUAAUAGGCGAUUAGAAGAUGAAGUAUAUGAAGUAUUUAUUGUAAGUGUUUUUUGCUAACAAAUAUGAAUAAUAUUAAUGAAUUGAAAUUGAAAUUGAAGCGAACAUUCAAAUACUUAUGCGAACGACAUAUAUAUACUAUAUGUAUGUACAUUUAAAUAUAUAUAUAUAUAUGCAAUUGUAACUGAAAGCGAAACCGAAAACAAGCAAAUUGUAACAAAAACAAAAAACAUUGUUUUAGAUUUUUAUACCAAAUUUAAUUAAUGUCCAAUCAUGUUGUUUAACCAAUAUACAUAUAACAAAAAACAAAUUCUAUAUAUAUAUGUAUAUAUAUUGAUCCAUAUAUAUAUAUAUGUAUUUUCAUUCAGUUAUACAGUCAAAUCGAGGAUACUCAAAGAGUGUCUGCAUAGAAGAAAUGUCAACAGUUAGCAAAUGAUACAGAUGAGAAAAAGAGAGAGAGAGAGAGAGAGAAGGAAGUAGAGGGUGAGAAAGAGAAAGCACAAUUGCAACUAUCACAUUUGCGACUGUCACGCUCUCAAUUGUUUUGUCAUUGUUUUACCUUUUUUUUACAUUUUUUUGUGUAUACUGUGUGUACUUUGUAAAUUAUACAAGUAAUUAAAAUAAUUAAAUAACAUAAACAGCAAGGCAAUUAAUAUAUAAUAAAGAUAAUAAUGAAAAACAUA